UUCAAUUCCACUCCUAGUGGCUGAUGACUGAGUCAAGAAAGUCUGCUACAAAACCCCUUAUAUAUAUAAUCACUAUUUAAAAGCUAUGUAUCUAUCCCAUUAUGUAUGCAACUUUUUCUUACAGCAAAACCAUGAAUCUACUAUCCAUUACUCUCUCUCUUCUCUCUCUCCUCCACAUCUGCACAGCACAAUCUGCAGAUCCUGCUGCUUACUCCUGCAAUCCAAACAGCAAAACAAACAGUAGCAACAACCAAAUCAAAACCCUUUUGGACAACCUAGUAUCAGGCACCAUCCAACGUGGCUUCAUCUCGACCGUCCAAGGUGCGGGCGGUAAAAACCAAAUCUACGGUUUAGCUCAAUGCAGAGGUGACGUCAGCAAAAACGACUGCUCGACCUGCAUAAACGACGCAGCUAAAAACAUCCUCAAAUUAUGUCCCGGCCAAUCGGACGCCAGGAUUUGGUACGAUUUUUGCUUCUUGAGGUACGGGAGGUCGAAUUUCUUCGGACAAGUGGAUACUUCCGGAUUCUUCCUGAUCAACGUCCAGAAUGUCACAGAUGCCGCCAUUUUCAAUAAGAAAUUGGCGGCACUGAUGAACAAGGUCGGCUCGCGGGCCCCAAAGCCCGCGAGCCGAGGGCUGGGGAAGGGGAAGAGCGACGUGUCGCCUUUCGAUAGGCUCUACGGUUUGGUGCAGUGCACCAGAGAUCUAUCGGAGUUGGCGUGCGCGCAGUGUGCUUCGAUUGCUAUUGGCAAUCUUCCGAUUGUUUGCGGCGAUAAGAGAGGGUGUAGAGUGUUGUAUGGCAGUUGCUAUGUUAGGUAUGAAUUGUAUCCAUUUUUCUUUCCACUUGAAGCAAAAGAGUCAAUUCAGCACCAUACUGUGAACUAUAAGUCGGUAUUGGCUUUCAAUCCUUGAUGGGUUUUUUUUUUCGUAUUAGAGGGUCGUUUGGUUGGGGAGAUAAUAAUGUAAUUGGACUUUAUUUGGUGUUUCGUGUUUCGUUUGUCGAAUACUUAUCUUGGCCUUUUGUGA